AUGGCCUCCCUCCUCGAGCCGGACGACAGUUUCGAGAUUGUCGCCUCCACGGUCAAAUGCAUCUAUGACCAAGCAUGUCGCAAAUGUGGAGGGUUCAGGAGGAUGAUAAUCUUCAUGCCCAAGAAUGGUCAAGUGGUCCGCAAAGUGCGGAUUGAGCACAGCCAAGGCGACACUCCCGGCUACAUGUGGCACCGCAAGAAUGAACAGUGCCAGCGACACCGGGACAAGCGCCAGGUGGAGACGCCAGCUCCCGGCCGACAAGCGUCAGCGAGAAGCGGGCCGCUGGACUGGCACCCAAUGGACUGGGCCAAAACUGGUGGGAGCACCAUGGCUCUGGAUCAGGCUCGAGCAGUAGAUGGAACUGGAACCAGCUUCCAUCAGGGCCACUGGCUAAGCUCACCUUUCCUCCUCGCAGAGGCAUUGCCUCCAUGCGCCUGUCACCGAGCCUGGCGGGAACGCCGUCGCUGGCUUUUUGCAGACAUCAGCCGACGCGAGCGAGGUGCAAUGCCAAAGGUCUUACGUGCACAUGCCAGCUGCGAAAUCCGGCUGUCAGAGUGUCAGAGUGCCAGAGCUGGCCCAUAG